AAAAAAAAUCAAAUGAAGAGUUUCUUUCACACUAAGAAAAAACACGGGAAAAAUACUCAUGUCCUCGAAGACAUGGAUAACAUCUCCAAAAACUGGAAAACUCUUAGCGGAGAAACCAAUUGGAAGGGUUUAUUAGAUCCUCCUGGACAAGAUCUCCGUAAUUAUAUCAUCCACUAUGGCGAAAUGGCUCAAGCCACUUACGAUGCUUUCAACUCUGUUAAACUAUCAAAGUAUGCUGGAAGUUGUCGCUAUGCAAGAACCAAUCUGUUGUCAAGGGUAGGAAUUAGUCAAGGACGCCCAUUGAACAAGUAUCAUAUAACUAAAUACUUAUAUGCCACGUCUUCUAUACCUCUUCCUGAUGCAUUCAUUUUCAAGUCAUUGUCGAGGGAGGCAUGGUGUAAGGAAUCGAACUGGAUGGGGUUUGUAGCAGUUGCUACAGAUGAGGGGAAGGUGGUGUUAGGGAGGAGAGACAUUCUGAUUGCUUGGAGAGGAACUAUUCAGACCAUGGAGUGGGUUAAUGAUCUUGAUUUCACGUUGGUUUCCGCUCCAAUAAUUUUUGGAGAAAACAAUGCUGUUGAUCCAAAAAUACAUCAAGGUUGGUACUCAGUCUAUACUACUGAUGAUCCAAGGUCACCUUACAAUAAAACUAAUGCUAGAGAUCAGGUACUUGCGGAGGUGAAGAGACUAGUGGAACAAUACAAGAACGAGGAUAUUAGCUUGACCAUAACCGGACAUAGUUUGGGUUCAGCAAUCGCAACACUAAAUGCGAUUGACAUAGUUUUGAAUGGAUUCAACAAGCCGAAAGAUAUGCCAAACAAGGCAUGCCCGGUGACCACCUUUGUGUUUGCUAGCCCUCGUGUGGGAGAUUCGAAUUUUAAGAAAGUUUUCAGUUCACAAAAAGAUCUUCAUGCUCUACGCAUUUGCAAUGCAUCAGACGUGGUUCCAAACUACCCUUUGAUAGGGUAUUCAGAUGUUGGGAUUGAAAUGGAAAUUGAUACAACCAAGUCUGAGUACUUGAAGAGUCCCGGGAAUUUGUCAAGUUGGCAUAGCUUGGAGGCUUAUAUGCAUGGAGUUGCAGGGACACAAGGCAGUAAAGGAGGGUUUAAGCUAGAAGUUAGGCGUGAUAUUUCACUUGUAAACAAGCAUUUGGAUGCACUGAAGGAAGAAUACGGCGUGCUUGUCUCUUGGUGGUGUGAGAAGAACAAUUGUAUGGUUCAACAGGAGGAUGGUUCAUGGGAGUUAAUAGAUCAUGAAGAAAAUGAUUUUGGUCCAUGAGAUUAAUUGAUAGAAAAAAUUUCAUUACAUAGAAAAUUUUUACGAUCAAAUUCCUUCUUUCUUUUCUAUUUUAUUCAUGCAAUUAGUCGCCAGGUGUUUCUUUCUUCUUAUUUGGGAUUCAUAUUAUUAAUCCCUAAUUCUUCUCCUAUCAAGAUUUCAACCA